AUGGAGGCCGAGCAAAAGGUGAACCAGCGUGCAGCGCAGGGGCGUUGUUCGUCGUCCUCUUCAAACCCAGCAAAGGGGCCUUCUCCGCCUCCCAAACUGUCGAGCGAGGCGCAUCGCGCUUGGCAAAUAUGGAAGGAUAUAGGAGAGAAGACGACGCAAGAGAUUCGCCACCAACUGGAACAGAAAGAGUCCGCAGAAUCCCUGGCGGGGGAAGAUGGUUUUGGGGAGCAUGAUACGCGCGCGGAUGCUCGUGUCGUUUUCAAAAUGAACGAAAGAUUCGCCGAGGGGCCGUACUCGGGUAUUCUGGAUAGUGUGUUAGAUGCGGUCGGGAAUACACCGAUGAUCCGGAUGAAGCGUCUGGCAAAGGCGUAUGGCCUCGAGUGCGAUCUCCUUGCCAAAUGUGAGUUUCUGAGUGCCGGUGGAAGUGUCAAGGAUAGAAUUGGGAAGGCCAUGGUCGAGAAAGCGGAACGCGAGGGGCGGCUGAAAGCUGGUGAUACUCUGAUUGAACCCACCAGCGGAAACACGGGCAUUGGAUUGGCGCUCGCCGCCGCCGUUCGUGGGUAUCGCAUGAUUGUGACGAUGCCCGCGAAAAUGUCUUCUGAGAAAUCGAAUCUCAUGAAGUGUCUCGGCGCGGAGAUCAUUCGUACGCCAACCGAGGCAGCAUGGAAUGACGAAACUUCCCAUAUGGGGGUGGCAGCGAAGCUCCAGAAAGAGUUAGAGAACGCCCACAUUCUGGACCAGUAUAACAAUUCUGCCAAUCCGAUGGUUCACUACGACGUCACAGCAGAGGAGGUGCUUACUCAGUGCGGCGGAGAUAUUGAUAUGAUUGUUAUCGGCGCGGGAACAGGAGGCACCAUCACAGGAGUCGGCAAGAAAAUCAAGGAGAAGUGCCCGAAAUGCAAGGUGAUUGGUGUGGAUCCGAAAGGGUCGAUUCUAGCCGUCCCGGACUGUCUCAAUGAUGAAAAGCGUCUUUUACCGUAUCAGGUCGAAGGAAUUGGCUAUGAUUUCGUGCCAGGCGUCCUUGACCGGGAUGUUGUCGACGCGUGGGUGAAAGUUGGUGAUGCCGAGAGCUUUGCGACUGCCAGGGAGAUUAUUAGGAAUGAAGGUCUUUUUGUUGGAGGUUCAUCAGGCGCCAAUGUGUGGGGAGCCCUUCAGGCUGCGCGGAAGCUUAAAGAAGGCCAAAAGUGUGUUGUUCUUCUUCCUGAUUCCAGCAGGAAUUACAUGUCCAAGUUCAUCAGUGACGAAUGGAUGGCGGAGAAUGGUUUCGCCCCUGAGGAUGGAGCUAAAGUGAAGGAGCGGGAAGCGCAGUUUGGGGAUGCCCGAAUUCGUGACUGGCUUGCAGAAAUGAGGGCACGCAGCGACGUCCCCUUUGUCACUGCAGGACAUUCGGUUGAGAAGGUUGUUAAAGUGAUGCACGAAACGAAAGUCAAGGAGGUGAUCAUCACUGAAGACUGUGAAACAGACGGCAAAAAAAAGCCUGUCGGUGUACUGUCGGAAGAUCACAUCGAUCACAGUCUGCAGAGCAGACGGUGCACAAUGCAGUCCCCUGUCAAAGAUAUCGCCUUCAAGAAACUCGCGAAGGCAUUCCCUUCUACUUAUCUUCGGGACAUAGCAAAGGCCCUGGAUUCCUCUCCAUACGUAUGCGUGAUGGACGAGAAGCCGUCAGAGAAAAGAGCAGUUGAUGGUGAACAAGGAGGCCAAAGCGGCAGGGAAAAUUCAAUGGACAGUGAAGAAUGCCCACCUUGCUUGGGUGUCAUCACGAGAAUCGACCUUUUACAUUGGUUAGCCACGAAGCAAAAAUAG